AUGUCUUUGGAAACAGACCUCUUCGCAUUUUACAUCUUUUCACAGAUUGGUUCUGAGAAAACCGUGUCUCAAUUCCAAUCUGAGGAACAGUUUCUCAUCGAGUACACAGUGAAAUCAAGCAUUGAGGACGACACACAGUUUCAUAUAUACUAUUGUCUAGAGCCACCAGUGCACUUUGAAGGUGAAUUGCAAUUGGAAAACAAAACAUAUCGUAUGGUUACGCAACCAGCCGAACAAGAUCCUAAACCAGAGGAUAUUACCAUUGUUCAAGCUGAGUGUCGCAGGUGGCCGCACCACGUCAUGGUCCUUAGUGAUCAGAUGCUUCCUCUUUUAAGAAAAUUACAAUCGGAAACAGUAAUGGUUGCUGAUUUUAGUGAAUUUGAAAAAGUCGUUAGGGAGGUGCAACAAACUGAACUCAUUAAGGCAUACGAAUUUUACUUGAAACAAAAUAAUCAAAUUAAACUGGCACUGAAGGAUAAUUCCAUCUUUGAUUAUGAAUAUAUAUUCCAGAAACAUCAUAAUUUAGAAAGUUGCUAUUCCCUUCUUGACAAACAUUAUGCUAAUGAUUUGAACAUGAGAGACCUCUUUCUGCAAAUAAAUUCACCGCUACCUUCAGAACAACGCCGAAAAUUGUCAAGAUUGGUUACCAUGGCUAUGUUUGCAAAAGGAUCACUUCUAAUUGAUGUCAUUGCAAAAAGGGGGGAGGCAUUAAAUGAAUUUUCGGAUCUCUUUACGAAGUUCGGAAAAUGUUGCACCAUUUUCUCUACCAUUUUUGGGUUGACAAGAAAGACAUCUAUACCUCGCUGGGCACAGGCUACAAAAAUUGAAUUAACUGUCAUGUUCCUUACAACUGCCACCUUCCUUUUGGAGGCUCCCCCCGCAUUUAGAAAAUGUUUUGAACUAGAGGAUGAUGACUUGUCGGAGGAUGAUGAACUUAAUCUACCCCCAUAUGCUUUCUAUUAA